GGCUUCAACCACGUCCGCUGUCAGAAUUCUCGCGGGCGCUAGCAGGCUCUAUAUUGAUAUUUCAUGUCUGGCCAUCUGCUUUCCAGCCACGACAGUCCUGCUCGGCGGCUUUCGGUGGAAGACGGCCAAGAGGCCUACAACUUGUAUGAAGUCGAGUCCCAAUGGAGGAAACGGCCUCUGUUUGAACGAGUCUUGCAGCGAAUAUAUUCCGUUCGAUAUCUCUUCUCCUCAGGCGGCGAUUAUCAUGGCAAAUAUAGACCGUUAAUACCGGCUUUGGUGCAGCCUCGCCGGUUUCGACGCACUCUCUUCCGGCUGCCCUACUAUGGGCUCAUCGUCUUGUCGGCUAUUCUGGUCCUUGUGAUCUUCACAGCAAUUUUCUUUCCCUCAUAUACGAGACCCCCACCCCAUUACUCGUCGCUUCGUGACUUAGCGUCAGCAUCAGACCAAGCCGGUCGAGGGAACCCACGCAAUGAAAAGGUAUUUAUAGCCGCUAGCUUGUAUGACGUGACUGGAGAUUUGGUCUGGGGCCACUGGGGCUCCAGCAUUCUCCAGCUCAUUGAUCUACUUGGGGAAGACAAUGCUUUUCUGAGCAUAUAUGAGAACGACAGCGGAUCCGAAGGCAAGCAAUCCUUAGCAGAUCUGAAGAGACAGGUGCCAUGCAACAACUCCAUCAUAUACGAGCAUCUAGGCCUGGAGGAUCUCCCCAAAAUCAUCAUCCCAGGAGGCAAAGAGCGCGUUAAACGGAUUUCGUACCUAGCCGAGACACGCAACCGUGCUCUUGAGCCGUUGGAUGAGCAUACUGCACAGGAACCUUUCGACAAGAUCCUAUUCCUGAAUGACAUAGCGUUUGAUCCCAUCGAGGCGCUGCAACUCCUUUUCUCAACGAAUGUCAACGACGACGGCGUAGCGCAGUACCGGGCUGCUUGCGCCGUCGACUUCAUCAACCCUUUCAAAUUCUACGAUACCUACGCUACGCGCGAUCUAGAAGGCUACAGCAUGGGCCUACCUUUCUAUCCCUGGUUCUCGAACUCCGGCAGCGCCCAAAGUCGCAAAGACGUUCUCGGCGGGAAAGACGCUGUGCCGGUCCGCAGUUGCUGGGGAGGCAUGGUCGCAUUCGACGCUCAAUUCUUCCAACACAACACCGGGAAGCCGCCUGUUGAAGCAGCAGGGGGGAAUCUCCCAGCUCGCUUCCGUGCCUCGCAGGAUGUGAAUUUGUUCUGGGAUGCGUCUGAGUGUUGUCUCAUCCAUGCAGAUAUCCAGGUCCCGAGGCAAGACCCUGGGGAGUCCCAGGACAGCGCGGUGAUUGAAACAGGGAUAUACAUGAAUCCUUUUGUGCGUGUUGCAUAUGACCCGCGUUCUCUAUCCUGGCUUUGGACUACGCGGCGCUUUGAGAAACUUUACUCUCUUGUGCAUAAUAUCGGGAAUCACCUCGUUGGUUUGCCUUGGUAUAACCCCCGGCGGGAGGAAGUGCCUGGGCAACGUGUUGAAGACACGGCCUUUAUCAAUGACGAGGGAGGAGCUGGCUUCUUCCGUUCUGUUGAGAGGUCUACUAGCCAUGAUGGCUUCUGUGGACGAUUAGGGCUGCAGGUUGUUAUUCCACAGCGCGAGGAAGGGGAGGGGUUUGAGAGUGUACCGAUGCCUCGUUCUUAAAAUCGGUUAAACUAUAUAAUAAGUUUUAAUAUUAUCUCGAACAUCACUAUGAAUAUCCCAGCUACUAGUGUUGCCUAACUGCUAAUUGGCUUCAUAUAAUUCAGCAGAGCCUAUUUCACUGCAUACUAUGGACGUUACACCGCUGAAAUAGUCCAGUAGCUCGAAC